UAAGGUACCCAAACGGAAAAAAAGGAAGGCUCCUCUUUUCCUUUUCCUUAGCCCAAGAGGCAGAUGCAGAUAGAAUCAUAGAAAGGGGCAGAAUCGCACGAGGUCGGCAUUCUCAUCGUCUGAUUGUUUUUUCGGUCUUCUUCUAUUUCCACCGGCCACCGGCGCAGUGAUUCCUAUUUAACUAUAGCACGCGGCUCAUUUGCAAUGGAAAAAGGAGCACCGCCUAGCAUCUUUGUGAAUGAUGGGUCAUUCAUGGAAAGGUUCAAACAGCUUCAGCAAGAGAAAGAUAAAGAGAAACAGAAGGUUGCACCCGUUGAGGAUUCUAAACCAGUCAGAAUUAUAUCUGGGACUUCAAAUCCUAGGUUUUCUGUUAGUAAAAUUCCUGUUGGUUUUAAGGCCAACGAAUCCCAGAAGGUUACACACUUGGGAACAGGUGGGAAGCUCGCUUUCAGCUUGAAGCAAAAAUCGAAGCUCGUAGCACCCCCUGUCAAGCUAGGUACAGAUGAAGAUGAAGAUGAGGAUGAAGAUGGGGAGCAUGCUAAGAAUGUACAAGGCUUUGCAUCAGCGAAGCGGCAGAAGUUGGAUCAGAGGGACGUGCCUGAAAAAUCAUCCAAACAACCAGAUGUUGCACCUCCAUCGCCCAGCGAUCCUACAGUGAAGAAAGUAGCAGAUAAAUUAGCAAGCUUUGUUGCUAAGCAUGGAAGACCAUUUGAGCAUGUUACACGGCAAAAAAAUCCUGGGGAUACUCCUUUUAAAUUUCUUUUUGACGAGAGCUGUGCAGACUACAAGUACUAUGAGUACAGGCUUGCGGAGGAGGAAAAGGAUCUGUCACAAACAAAGGAAUCUCAGGUAUCUCGAAGUGGUGGCCAGCAAUCAUCUAAGGCAGCAGGGGCCUCACACAGACCAGCUCAGCAGCAAUCAGGUUAUCAGAUCCCUGCCUCAGCUCUAUAUGAGAUUCCUGAGGAGUCCGGAGCUUCUUCUACAAGAACUAGCAACAGUGGCUCAAGUAUAACAAAGGGUACAGACCCUAUAUCAAUGAUGGAGUUCUAUAUGAAGAAGGCUGCCGAAGAAGAGAAGGUGAGACAGCCUAAGCAAUCAAAAGAUGAAAUGCCCCCACCAGCUUCCCUGCAAGGUUCAUCUGCUACUGGAAAGAGAGGUCAUCAUAUGGGCGAUUAUAUCCCCCUAGAAGAGCUUGAGAAAUUUCUUGCGAAGUGUAACGAUACUGGUGCACAACAAGCUGCGAAGGAGGCAGCUGAAAAGGCUAAAAUCCAAGCAGAUAAUGUUGGGCAUAAGCUCCUGUCAAAAAUGGGAUGGAAAGAAGGUGAGGGUAUAGGGAGUUCCAGAAAGGGUAUGGCAGACCCUAUAAUGGCAGGCGAUGUGAAGACGAACAACUUGGGAGUCGGGGCUUCUGCUCCAGGAGAGGUUACGCCUGAUGAUGAUAUAUACGAGCAGUACAAGAAGCGAAUGAUGUUGGGUUACAAGUACAGGCCCAAUCCCCUGGGAAAUCCCAGGAAGGCGUAUUACUAGGAAGCACUCAGUGGCACAAUCAUGACCUAUUCCCCUGUCUAAAGCUGCUACUGAUGUUAAUUGAAGUGCUUGUUUGGACUGUUUUCUGGGAGAAAAAACUUGAGUGUUCGAACUUUUUACAGAGAUUAAUUAGCUGGCAAUUUGCCCAUAUGGUAGUAUGGAUGUUUGUUCUUAUUUGUUCUUAACGAGUUGGGGAAACUGCUUUAAGAAGCUGAUAUUUCUUCUCAA